UGCUAACAUCCAUCGGCUGCGCACGGGAGCGUUGGAAUAAAAUGAACACGAUCUUAUUUUGAAAAUCUGCUUGCGGAGGUUAAGUAGGAUUUACAUAAAGACGUUGGACUCGGGAAAUGUAGUCCUGUAUAUAUUGAGUCACAAAAGGAACUUAAUUCCCCUUUGGAACAUUUCUCUAUCGAACAUAACAAUUGCAUGUUUAAUGUUACAUCAUAUCUAACUUUUACGUUGUCGUUUAAUUAUAGCCGCUUUUCACAAAAAGAAAAUUGAUUGCCAAUCAUUACCUCCAAUCAGGUGAGAAGACAUCAUGACCUUAGCCAGUGAAAUGUGAAAGACCAGUCAACCCGGAAAAAAAACACAUACGACUGUCAUUCUCCUCCAAUCAGAUAAGAGGAAACGAAUCCGUUGGCCAAUGACUUCACUUGGCAACGAGACGAACCUUUAGCAUUAGCCAGUGCCACUCAGUUGAAUGUAGUAGCUGUCAAUAAAGACUCGAUAGCUUUUUCGCUCUUGGUUCAGAUAUCGAAGAUAACAGAGCGUUUCGGAAAGCAGUUGACUUUUCCAGGCAAGGCUGACGUUUUUUUUCAGUCUCCUGUAAAUUUAUAUUCACUCGACGAAAGCCUGCAUCAUCUGUUGAGUUUAGCAUAGAUGCUAAUUCUAAUACAUUCUAACGUAGCAAACGGUCAGCCGUUUUUGGGGAGCUUAUAGCCUCGACGUCCAUCUACGUUAGGAGCAGUGAACUAUUUAAAAACCGACUGUCAGUGCUCGCGUCGUCAUGGGCGAGGUGGAACUGUCGUGCCGUGCGUACGUCAAAAUGUACCUGCACGCUUGCCUAUUCCCCCGCUGCAGCGUCAACGGGCUGCUGUUGUCCUCCACUUCAACAGGGGGCGCCGUUUGCGUGACUGACUGCGUGCCUCUGCUGCACUCUCACCUGUCCUUGGCACCUGUUACCCAACUGGCCCUUACACAGGUUGACGUGUGGUGUUCGCAGACGCAGCAAAGGAUUGUGGGAUACUAUCAAUCUAACGCCUGCGUGUCAGAUAGCAGCCCCACGCAAGGAGCCCUGAAAAUUGCCGAUAAGAUUGCCGAGCAGUUUGAUGGCGCAGUUCUUCUCAUGCUGGACGGGAGCAAAAUGUCCCCAGACUAUCGGGUCCCUCCCAUCGUGAUGUAUGAGCGCAAAGACUCAAGAUGGACGCUCAAAGACAAGCACACAAUCAUGCUAAGGCAAUGGGAGGAGACCCGCGCCAUUGCCAGCCAGAUGCUGGAGUCAGGCGACCAAUCCCUCUUGGUGGAUUUCGACAGCCACCUGGAUGACAUCACUAGAGACUGGACCAAUCAGAAGCUCAACGCUAAGAUCGCCGAGCUAGCGUCGCCAGCUAACGGGAACAUCUAAUAGAAGAAAAAAAAAAAGACUAAAAAGACUUGAGUUUGAGUUGAGAAAGUUUUUUUUCUUUUGUUCCAGUUACACAACAUAAAUAUGGAUGAAAUGUAGUACGUACGCUACCAAGUAACAUUUAAUUGAAUGGCAUUGACAUCUAUUGCUGUCAAUGGCAGUAAACGAGUUAACACUUGUGAUAUUUACGGUUGUGUUUACACUUCUAAUGUUGGUUACAGCUAGCGUUGCACUGAUUCCGACAGAUUUUUUGAAAAGAACUUUCAUCGCCCCUACAAACAUGGCCUUAAGACGGCCAUAUUGGUAGGGGCAAUAUUCCCAUUAAAGUCAAUGCAUUGCCAUCAGUGUUGUCACAGAUUACUUGAAAAAGUAAUCCAUUUACUUCACUGAUUAUCAAUUUAAGUUACUUUAAAAUUAAUUAAUGUUACUUUUUACCAAUUUUUCUCCCUUUGCUGCCUCAACAUAAUAACAGAAAAAAUGUCAUCGCAUGUAAUUGACUUUCCGAUAAUUGAUUUUAAAGGGGACGAUCAGAAUUUUUCACAUAAGGCUUAAUCAUCGAGUUAGCGGGGGUUUAAUUAGUUGGAGUUGAUUUCAACCACCGUUGACUUGUGCUAGCUUAGCCACUCCGUAGCCUGGAAACUAACAAAUAACUGACAAACUUCAUGGAAUUUGUUGAAAUCAACUCAACCGACUAAUGGAACCCCGCUAAUUCAAAGAUUAAACCUAACGUAAAAAAUUCUGAAUUUGGGGUUAGGAUUUAUGGGUUUGGGUUGACAGCAUAUCAGUGCCAAUGUAAAGCAAUGCAAAUUGACUGCGCAAGGAUCAACAACAUACAAAUGAAUUGCAUAGUGCAAUAAACACAAAGGUGGGGCGGGCGCGGCCAAUUUGGCCACAAAACAUGGCAACUAAGCAUGUUACACUCAAUCGGACUUACAACACAUCCCACAACUAACGGCAUAAAUGUGCAACGCGCAGUGUUGUCAGUAACGCGUUAGUUAGUAAUGCGUUACUGUAAUCUGAUUAUUUUUUUCAGUAACGAGUAAUCUAACGCGUUCAUUUUUCUACACCAGUAAUCUGAUUAAAGUUAGUUUCCUUAGUGUCUCUGUUUUACAAUUUUUUUCAUUGCCUCAUAACGUAUGUAGAAUGAAGAAUAUUGUAGUCAUGUACGAAGAGCAUUUUGAAUAGAAAAUGCUUAAGUAAAAGGUUCCCGGUAUGAGUUUCCAUGACAACCUCUUAACUAUUUCCUGUUUUGGUCUCGCUUUACGUGUUGUGGGACUGAGGCGGGUGGACAUUCGCGCCGAGUGUUGAGACGUUGUGAGGGAAUGUUGAUCUGUGGAUAUCAAUUAAUGAAGGUAUUUUUCCUUCAUUCUUGAGGGUAUCAGCAAAAGGUUGGACCCCCUACAUGCGCGGCCGUUUCGUAGCUUUGCCGUAGCAACAACGAGCAGUCAUCGCUCCAAGUUGGCAAGCUUUGUUUAAACCAUAUGCAUGUUGUACUUUUAUGCCGUGAGGUGAUUGUUCGUUUAGCACCUGUGGGAUGUGUUGUAAGUCCGAUUGAGUGUAAAGUGCUUAGUUGCCGCCACGUUUUGUGGCCAAAUUGACCGCGCGUGUGUUGAGAGGAGUACUUCCGGGUUGUUAAUGUGCACGGCUGCACGCGCAUCUGCGCCCGCCAACACCUUUGUGUUUAUUGCACUGUACAAUCCACUUGUGUGUUGUUGAUUAUUGUGCCAUCAGUUUGCAUUGUUUUACAUUGGCACAGAUAUGCUGUUAACCAUAACCCGAAAUUCAGAAGUUUUGACAUUAGGCUUAAACUUAAGAGUUAGCGGGGUUUAAUUGGUCAGUGGAGUAGAUUUCAACAAAUUCCAAGCAGUUUGUCAGAUAUUUGUUAAUUUCAGGGCUCCGGAGUGGCUAAGCUAGCGCGAAAUUCUGAUAAACUCCUUCAAAUUCAAUCAUCGGAAAGUCAAUUACAUGUGAUGACAUUUUUAUGUUGAGGCGGCAAAGGGAGAAAAAUGGGUAAAAAGUAACUGAGAGAUUACUUUUAAAGUAACUUAGUUACUUUGAAGUAUCAGUAAAGUAACUAGAUUACUUUUUUGAGGCGUAAUCAGUAAUUAAAUUACUUUCUCAAAUAAUCUGUGACAACACUGGCAACGCGAAUAUGAUGUAAACAGUGCUCGCCGACUGCCCGUAGUUGAAACGGCAAAGCUACGAAACGGCCACAACCUAUCGCUGGAACCCUCCAGAAUGAAAGAAAAAUACAUCCAUUCAUGGACGCACACACAUCAAAUUUCCCUCGCACGUCUCAACAGAUGGCUGCACUCUGCUCAAAUGUGCACCCUCGCUCCACUCCAAAACAGGACGUAACUGUGAGCAGUUACCAUGGCAACGAACGCGUAAUGGGAACCUAACAAUUUCUAUUCAAAAUGCUCUUUAUACGUGACUACAAUAGUCUUCAUUCUACAUACAUUAUGAGGAAAUGAAACAGUUAUACACAGACACUAAGACAACCAAUCUGAUUACUCGUUUGAAAAAAUGAAAGAUUUCAAUUGCUCGUUACUAAAUGAAAGUAAUCAGAUUACAAUAACCCGUUAGUGUCAACACUGAUUGUCAUUAAGCUCACUAUCUUAUUUCUCUGUAGUCGCCGAUAACGAUUACGCCAAGUUAAUACCGUAACAGUGCAACACUAGUUCCAUCUAAAUGCUUUUCCCUGUUCUCAAACAGUUAUAUUCGAAAUGUGCGACUGGUAUAAUUGAUAUUAAAAGUCUACACACCCCUGUUCAACAGACAAUACUAAUUCAAUUUGAAGAUGCAGUGUUGUUGUUCAUGUACUCAUGGUUUCAAAUACAAUUGUAG